AUGAAGGCACGCACGCGCGUGACGAUCGCGCUCGUCCUCGCGCUCACCGCGUGCGUUGCGCGCGCCGGCGCGAAUGAUGCUUUCCAAAACGAGGCACCGCGCGCGCGACGCGACGUCACGGGUACCGACGUCGCCAACGCGCCCAGCGCGCCUCGCGGUCGCGCGCUCGCCGACGCAGAAGGCUGGUCCGUGGGUACCGCGACGUGGUACGGUGGUCCGGGCGAGGACGGUGCCGGUCCCGAUGGCAUGUCCAUCUAUACCGGAAGUUGUAAAUUCGGGAAGAACAUUCCGAGUCGCUACGUCUCCGCCGUGAACACGGACGGUGGGUACGAUUACGGCCUGACCGAUUGGUGCGGACAGUGCUAUGAGGUGAUGUGCGUGAAUGGACGCCAGAGGGGUCUGUCGGAGAGCCUUCUCGGACCGUGGGCUGGAUGCGCGCACGGAAGCGGCGGGAAAUCGAUAUCGGUGAUGAUAACCGAUAGUUGUCCGUGCAAUCAUCCGAACACGGAGAGUAACAAGCGGUGGUGCUGCGGUGGUGAAGCAUCAAACCGGCAUUUUGAUUUGAGUUAUGUGGCAUUCGACGCGAUCGCGAUUCGUCACAGAGGUAUCGUCGACAUUCGGUAUCGCAAGGUGUCGUGCGAUUCCCUGGGCGAAAGCAAAUAUUACUCGUGA